UGGAUGUAAUUAUUGAGAAUUCGUUCCAUGCUUUUGUCACAGAGUAUUACUCUCUCCGUAUUAACUGUGGUGGAAGACAAGUAGCUGAUGAUAAAGGAUCUACCUACGAAGAUGAUGGAAAUUCUGGUGGGCCUACAAAUUUCUUCGCAAGAAAAGCUGGUGCUGAGGAUUUCAACAAUGAAAAAGAAGCACGUGGAGUUAACAAGGGAAUUAAAAGAAACUUCACUGCAGUUGUUGCUGAUAAUACUUUGGAUAUCUGCUUCUAUUGGGCUGGGAAAGGGACAAAUGGUAUUCCUGUUAGAGGCGUAUAUGGUCCUCUCAUUUCAGCCAUAUGUGUUGAUCCUGUGGAUUGGACGUGCAUUAAAUACCCCAUGUACAGCAAUGAUCAUCUCCGGUCGUGGGCGAGCAGCUUGGCGAGAGAUGCGAAGCCUCGCAGGCGGGAGGGUGAAGCUGCUAGGCGAGAGAGUGAGGCAGCGAGAGGCCUCUCGCUCGCGGAACUAAAAGGUGUAGACCUUCACACUGGAUCAUUUACGCUAAAGCAAAUUAAAACCACCACAAACAAUUUUUAUCAUGCUAAUAAGAUUGGAGAAGGUGGUUUCGGUCCUGUAUUCAAGGGUUUCAUGUCACAUGGCACCAUCAUAGCUGUAAAGCAGCUUUCUGCCAAAUCAAAGCAAGGGAACCGCAACCAGUUGUUGCUUGUCUACGAGUACUUGGAAAAUAAUAGCUUUGCACGUGCAUUAUUUGGUAAAGAAGAACACCAAAUUCAUUUGGAUUGGCCAACGAGGCACAAGAUCUGCAUUGGUAUAGCCAGAGGCUUGGCUUAUCUGCAGGAAGAAUCAAGACUUAAAAUUGUGCAUCGUGAUAUCAAGGCUACAAAUGUGCUUCUUGAUAAAGAUCUUAUGGCUAAAAUAUCUGAUUUUGGACUUGCCAAGCUCAAUGAAGAGGAUAUCACCCAUAUAAGCACACGUGUUGCUGACAAAGCAGAUGUAUACAGCUUUGGGGUUGUUCUUUUGGAACUUAUCAGUGGAAAGAGCAACUCUAGCAGUAGGGCAAACUCGUUGAAUGAGACUGGAAAAAUGAUGGAUCUAGUGGACCCAAGAUUGGAAUUGAAGUUCAAGAAAAAAGAGGUUACGUCGGCUAUAAAUGUGGCGGUCCAUUGCACAAAUAUUGUAGCCACAGAAAGGCCAAGUAUUUCGACAGUUGUAAGCAUUCUAGAAGGAAAAGCUGGUGUUGGAGAAUUCAUUUCAUACACGAGCACCUCGACUGACAGGACAAAUCCUACCGAGGAAACGGCAAAACAGACCUUAAUGACUAUAAUGGUCAAGGGCAGAGUACAUCAAUUGAUAUACGAUGGACUGGUUCCUCAGCAUCCACUGCCGGUGACCUAUAUCCACUCGAUGUGGAUACUGAAUAUUGAGAGAAGAGAGAUUCAUAAACACUCUCUGAAAAUUCUGUAUUUCUUCGAUUUUAUUUACAUUUGUGGUUUUGAUUUGAAUGCAGCAGUAGACAAGAUAAGCAAAUAG